UAUCACUGUUCCUUCCUGCAGAUUUAGGCUGGAAAGCAGCCAGAGGCUGAUGCUCCGUGUGCCAAAUCCUGUGCAGAGCUGUGCCUGGAGCACUCCUUCCCCAGCCCAGCACCUCCAAUUCCUUUCCUCACCUUUUAAGGAUGAGGGAAGCAGCUGCUGGGGCCUGGAAUUACCUGGGAGGAUUUGGUUUUGCUGCGAGGGCCUGAGUCCUCCUCACACAAACAAACUCCUGAAGAAAGGAGAGGACAGAGGAGGGAAUAAGAAGAGAAAAAAAAAAAAAAAAAAAAAAAAAAAAGCCAACAGGUUGAUCUGGAUUUCCAUCAAGGGUUCCACCCUCCUCCGUUUAAUGAACAUCGCAGAACAGGUGCUUGGAAUUCAUUACCAGCCCACGAGCCCAGGCGAGGGGAAUCGCCCGGCCCGGCUCCGCUGCUGGCCCCGGCUCGGAGGCAGCAGCAGCAGCAGCCACAACCCUCGAGCCCGGCUGUCCCCGAGCCUGUCCCCGAGCCUGUCCCUCCCCCGGAGCCGCUCCGGGCAUGACCAACCCCAGCUGUGCCUUCUCCGGCGGCUCGCUGUGCUCCGGGGAGGCGGCGGCGAGCAUGAGCCCGUCCCCGGAGCGCCGCAGCCCCGACGGCGGGGCCAGCGACGGGCUGGGCUCGGUGGGCAGCGACGGGCUGGGCUCGGUGGGCAGCGAGGGCUGCGGCUCCCUGGGCAGCCUGCGCUACUCGCCCUUCUCCGUGGACAGCAGGAUCCCGGCCCCGGUGCGCCUGGACAUCGACACCGACUUCCAGGCUGUGCGGCAGCAGGAGAAGGAGGACAUCAAGGUGCUCAACAACCAGUUCGUGACCCUGAUCGAGAAGGUCCAGAGCUUGGAGCAGCAGAACAAGAUCCUGACAACCAGGUGGAACUUCCUGAAGGACCAGGACAAUUCCCACUCUGACUCGGACAUCAAGGCCAUCUACGAGCAGUACAUGAGCAAAAUGAACCAGGAGAUGAGGGCGCUCAACUACGAGCAGGAAACCCUGGAGUCAGAGCUGGAAAAGGUGCUGAGCACCAUGGACACCUUCAGGAGCAAGUAUGAGGAUGAAAUUCGCCUCUGCAGCGGGAUGGAAUUCACCUUCAUGGAGCUCAAAAAGGAUUUGGAUGUGAGCACCUUGCACCGCACUGAGCUGGAGGUGAAGCUCAAAGGGCUCCAGGAGCUGCUGGAGCUGAAGAAAACCAUCUAUGAGCAGGAGCUGGAGGAGCUGCUGACAGAAAUCAAGGACAUUUCUGUGGUGCUGGGAAUUGACAGCUGCUCCCGGCCGGACCUGGGCAGGAUCGUGGAGGAUGUCAGGGCGCAGUACGAGGCGCUGGCCCUGCGCAGCUGGGAGGAGGCCGAGGCCCUGACCCGCAGGAAGCUCACUGACAGCAGCUCCCAGCCCGGCUCCUUCGGGGGGCACCUCCUGGACAGCCGGAGAGAAAUCGCGGAUCUGAACAUCCAGAUCCAGAAACUGCGCUCCUGCAUCGUGUCCCAGAAGAGCCAGUGCCUGUACCUGGAGGAGCACAUCCGGGAGGCGGGCGAGCAGGGGGAGGGGACCCUGCGGGACGCCAAGGCCAAGGUGGCCGGGCUGGAGGAGGCGCUGCAGCGCAGCCGCGAGCACGUGGCUCAGCUGGUGCGGGAGUACCAGGAGCUCAUGAACAUCAAACUGGCCCUGGAUGUGGAGAUCCUCACCUACAGGAAACUCAUGGAAGGGGAGGAGAACAGCAUGGAGCAGCCCAUUCCCACCGUCAUCAGCGCCGUGCACUCCCGGCCGAAGCCCCCUGCUGCCGGCACCCUGCGCAGUUCGCGGCUCUUCGCCCGGGGCUCGGGGCAGGCGGAGCCCAGCGGGGGCUGCGGGAGAGCCCAGGACGUGCCGGGGACUGCGGGCACCGGGGAGCGCUCCUAGGAGAACGGGAUGGACUCGGAUCAAGGCACCUGGCAGCUCUUCCUCCUGAACUCCACCCUCAAGGGGUGAAAGAUGAGAUCCUGUCCAGGCUGGCCCUUGUCUUUCCACCAUUCCAGCUCCCAGCUCCCUUCCCAGUUACAGCAGGAACCAUUCCCUUCACCUUCCCCUCCAGGUCUCCCUUCCCGGGGGAUCUGCAGUCACCCCUUGGGAUGUGCCCAACAGGACCAAGUGUCCCUAGCCCAGUUUUAGCAGCUGCCAUUGGUCUCUUCACUGGUGUGGCCAAACCCUUUCCCUGCUCCAAGGGUGAUCCUGAUGGGGCUUCCAAGGAAAUCCAGGUUUCCACACUGCAGGAGAGGGAGGAAAACAACCCCAGGGAUGGAUUUGUCACCUUGAUUGACAGAUCUGGUGACACCCUGGGAGACCCCUUGGCCACCUCAGGGCAUUUUCCUGCCUUUGGGGAGGCUCUCAUUGCUUCACCAAAGCAAAAAUGCCUCAAAACUCUUGAUUUCCAUAAUCCCUCCCUCUCUCCAGGCUCCACAUAGCAGUUCCAGCUCCUAAAAUUGAGGUAUUGGUUCCUAUGUAACUGCACUGGGACAGACCAGUUUGGGUUGGGAGGGACCUCAAAGCUCAUCCCAUCCCACCCCUGCCAUGGCAGGGACACCUCCCACUG